AAAGGCGCGCGCGCGCGCGCGGGAGAUCGAGAAGGAGCCUCCGCCGCCGCCACCGCCGCACAACAAUACGGCGGGAACGGAGCCGCCCGGUUCCCCCUCCUCGCCGAUAUGGGCCGGAGCCUCGCUUCUUCCUCCCUGCCCGCCGCGCCGCCCGCCGCCGCCGUCCCGGUGGCCAUGUGAGCCAUGGCGGCGGGCGGCGCGGCGGGGCUGGCGGCGCUGCUGGGCAGCGCUUCCCCGCGCCUCCUCAUCGUCUCCGCCGCCGAGGAGCCCGCGGGCGGCCCCGAGCACGACGCCGAGCUCUUGCUCUUCGCCACGCCGCAACCCGAACGCCCCGGGGCCGCCCCGAGACGGCCCGCGCUCGGCCGCCCGCCGGUGAAGAGGAAACUGAACUUGGAGACGGAUCACCAGUACAUAGCAGAGAGUUUGACAGUGGGCCGGGGCAAGGCCAGGAACCCCACUAAAGGGGCAAAGUCUCCUGGGGAGAAGUCCCGCUACGAAACCUCACUGAACCUCACCACCAAGCGCUUCCUGGAGCUCCUGAGCCAGUCGCCUGAUGGCGUAGUGGACCUCAACUGGGCGGCUGAGGUCUUGAAGGUGCAGAAAAGGCGCAUCUACGAUAUCACCAAUGUCCUGGAGGGCAUCCAUCUCAUCACCAAGAAGUCCAAGAACAACAUCCAGUGGCUGGGCAACCAGGACACCGUGGGGGCCCCUGGCCAGCACCGGCUGCUGGAGAAGGAGCUGCGGGAGCUGCAGGCGGCCGAGCGGCAGCUGGACGACCUCAUCCAGAUGUGCACAGUGCAGCUGCGCCUGCUCACUGAGGACCCCGCCAACCAGCACGCAGCCUACGUGACCUGCCAGGAUCUCCGGAGCAUUGUGGACCCCUCGGAGCAAAUGGUGAUGGUUAUCAAAGCUCCCCCAGAGACCCAGCUGCAGGUCGCAGACCCAGCAGAGGCUUUCCAGGUCUCUGUGCGAAGCACUCAGGGCCCCAUCGACGUCUUCCUCUGCCCCGAAGACAGCUCAGGGGUCUGUAGCCCCGUCAAGAGCCCCUUCAAAGGCUCCAUAGAGGAGUCUCCUCCAAGCCAUUCGCAGCCCAGAGCCUCCCCGCUCCUGCAUCCAGCCCAGGACAUGAACAUGCCGCUGCUGCCUGGAGAGCAAGAGACACUGCUGCCAGGGACGAGCGCGCUGCCCAGCAAGUGCUCGGCGGAGGAGGUGAGCCUUUCCCCACUGGCCUCGAUGGACACCCUCCUGGAGCAGAGCAGGGAGGAUUUUUCAGGUUUCUUGGCGGACGAGUUCAUUAAUUUGUCGCCGCCGCAGGCGCAGGAUUACCACUUUGGCUUGGAGGAGGGUGAGGGCAUCAGUGAGCUCUUUGACUGCGACUUUGGGGACUUUACACCUUUGGACUUCUGAUGCUCUGCUGGGGUGCCCGCAGGGGAGGCGUCAGGCAGGAGGGGCACCCCCAAGCUCCUGCCCUCUUAGGCAGGGUGGGCAGCCCCCCCCAGCUGCAAUGCCCGUAGCUCCUCUCCCUUUUUGCAAUAUUUUCUCAUUGUCCCUCCAGCCCCCUGAGCCCGUCAGGGGCCGGAGGCACCCCCAGCUCCAGCCCUACAAGGGGGAAGCUGGGGUGGGGGUCCCAUCUCAGGGCACCCCCCAAAACAGGGCCCUGACCACAGGGAGGGGCUGCCCAGGGCAGAGCCGUUCCUCCCCCGUGUGCCCAUUCCAGAGCUUUAAGCAGUCCUGUGUAUAGAUUUGAUUAAUUUAUUAUUGUCCCCUGGGGACAGCGUUGAAUUUCCCGGGGAGGCUGUGGGGGCCGUGCAGCAGAGUGGGGGUGCUGAGAAGUUUUGCUGGGAAGGGGGUGGCGGAGACAUGGGGGAUGCUGGGUCGGGGCUGUCCCCCCUUACGUGGGGGGAUGCCCACAGCCCAGCUGAGCAUGGGGUAUUUAUUUAUUAUUUAUGGCGUGUGGGAGCUCUCCCAGGACACUGGGAGGGGAGUGGGAGCUGGGGGGGACUGUGCUGGUGGGGAGGGACACAGAGGGUCCCACCUAGGGUUUGCUGGCACGUCCCAGCUUUGCUCGUGGCCAAACCAGGGCUGCUGGUGAGGCCACUGCUGUGGGGGGUGGCUGUGGGACAGGGGAUGGGGGCUGGUGGCCUCAGAACCAGGCUUAGGUCCCCUCAGAGGGGACACAGGGCUGUCCCAAGGGGAGGGUGCACCCUGUGGGUAAGGACCCAAUGCUGUCUCCAGGAUUUUUUUCCUCUCCCAAUGCAGCCAUUCAGCCGUUUGGCUCUGUCCCCCCUUCUCUGGACCACGGGGGCUCAGAGAUGGGGGUCCAAGGGCUGGGCUGGAGACGCACUUUCACUUUUACCGCCUUUUUAACAAGCUUGUGUUC